AUGUUCCCGUGGGCGUCGACGGUGCGAAUGCCGAGAGAAACGCUGGCGAGAAUCGCGCGCGAACAGAGAAAAGACGGGGUGACGAUUCAGUUUCGGGUGCUACCUGCACCGGUUUCGUCGUCUCGGCAUUUGCCCGAGGAUGAUGAGGAAAAGAAUUUAAGACGAGAGAAGAUGAUGGUUGUUUCCGUGAUGAAAGUGACGACGAAGAAAAAGGAAGAAGGCGAAGACGACGAAGAAGAGGAAGAAGAAGAAGAAAUAGCGAGAUUUGAAUCGAGAGAGAAUGAACUCGUUCCGGGAGAUUUGUGCGAGGUUGAGGAGAGGAUGAGUGGUGGCGUCGACGCGAGCGCUUCGGUUGUCGCGAAACUGGCGAGAAAGUUCCACCCGACGAGAGACGAAACCGCGAAAAAUCAAGCCGGCGCGAAGUGUAAGACGAGAACGGAUAUGCUCGUGCAGAAGAAGAAUGAAAAAUUCAACACGAAGUUGCUCGGGAAUUACGAGAGGAGACCGGAGGAAGACGCGACGGCGGUGGUGACGACGACGACGAAAGUAGUGAGCGAGGCGUUGAUGGCGGCCAAGGCUGGGAGCGCACAAACUCAUCAUAAUAACGAUAGAAACGCUAAUACUAACGAAGCGUUAGCUUUGCAUAAUAAUAAGACAACGGCUGUAAAUGGUGGUAGAAUAGGAACAGAAGAGCUCGAAAAAAUGGCAAAGAGACGGAUAUCGUUGGUACGCGCGACUAUUCUUUUAGCAGAAUCGAAAAAUAGCGAAAGUUUAGUCGUAGCGACCACCAGUAAAGCAGUAGAAAAAGAACAAGUGAGUCAGAAACCACUCACGUCGGCAGCCAUGAAUAGCGAAAUCGUCUGUCGAGAGUGCAUUUUCUCGUUGCUCCACGAACGGAAGCUCUCGAAGGACGCGCUGCGUGAAGCCAUCGUGAGAGGAUUUGAAAGCGCGACGAAGCUGAAUCGCAAAAAACAAUUGAGGGAACAGAUUUUAGAAACGCCUUUGCGUGACACGUUUGAACGCGCUUUGAAAGAGGUGGCGAAUUUUCGAGCCCCAGGGAGGUAUGAAUUGAAACGCGAGCGCGUCGAGGAAGGGAGGCGAGCAAACGCGAGCGCCUCGUUGUGGAUCGUCCAAGAGGAAGACGUGAACGCGAACGCGCCGAUUAUGGUGAAUGUAAAGCGAGCUAGAGCAGAAGAAGUAGACAACGAUGAAGACGAGAGAGGAGGGUCAAAGAAAAAGAACGACGUGCUCACGCCGCCGUUAUUUUUGGAAUCUCGGAAUCGCGAAAAAGAAGAAGCGGCGAGGAAGAAACGAUCGAAUCAAGGAGGCCCGCAGGCUGUUUCUCCCGUGUAUCAACCAGAAGAGCUCGUUCAAAGAGCUCUGAAGGAUAAAAGUAGUAGCAGCAGCGACGACGACGACGACGAUGAUGUUUCUGAAUCAGACGACGGCUCGAGCGGUUCAUUGGACUCGGAUACCGACUCAUCAGACUCUGAUUCGGAAGACUCCUCGGAAAUAGACUCCUCGGACUCUGAAUCGGACGAAGUCCUCGGUGGUGUUCAAGAGAGAGCAUCGUCGAAGAAAAGAAAGCCUUCUUCUUCCGAAUGUCUCACCGACGAUUCGGACACCGAGUGGCAAACCUUCGAAUCCAAGGACGGCAAAGCCGUCCUCAAACUUUUCAGACGCAUCGGUCGCAACAAAAUCCGUCCAAUCACCGAGGCGCACCUCGCCGCUUGGAACGUCGCCUUUAACGAGUACUGGUCCAUUCACCGUCGCUUACACGAACACGGCGCUAAAAUAAGCCUAUGCGAAGACCUCGUCGCGAUUUACGAAAACUCCUUCACCAAGAAAGAAAAGAAACGGAACCAAUCGAAGUACGAAAAUGCCAAAUCCGAUUUAGCUCGCUUCCGCGCGCCCGAGUCCGAAGCGUAUCGCCAUCGCAUGCGUACGGUCCUCGAGGAAAUCGACGCCGCGUUUGGCGGUAAAACCAGAGAGAAGCUUCAAUCGUUCGCGAGAAAGCGAAAUGCUGCCGCCGAGAAGAAGAAGAAGGCGAAGAAGAAGAGGAAAAGUAGGUUGUAA